AUGGCGACCAGCUCCAUUCCAGAUCUCAGAGACCUUACAAUCGAGAACAUCACCGAAAACGUCCAUGCCAUCAAUUCGCAAUGUCCAGACCGAAGGCUGAAGUUCUUGCUAGAACGAACUGUCUCGCAUCUGCAUGACCUUGCAAGAGAGACACGAUUGACCACGGAUGAGUGGAUGGCUACUCUUCAAUUCUUGACACAAGUUGGCCAGAUCAGCUCGGAUGUCAGACAAGAGUUUAUUCUGCUUUCUGAUGUUUUAGGACUGUCUCUUUUGGUAGACUCGAUUGAUCAUCCUAAGCCAGAGAACAGCACCGAAGGUACAGUGCUUGGGCCAUUCCACACACACGAGGCCGAACACAGCAAUCAUGGUGGCCACAUCUCACAAGAUCCAGAUGGUGAGCCUUUGCUUGUCGUCUGUACUGUGAAGGAUGUAGAUGGCAAGCCAAUCACUGAUGCCAAGAUCGAUGUCUGGGAAACCGAUUCAAAGGGCUUCUAUGACGUCCAACAUGCCGACAGAACUGGUCCAGACGGCAGAGCGGUUCUGACAAGUGACGAAAAGGGUGAUUUCUGGUUCAAAGCGAUUCUGCCUGUGCCCUAUCCGAUUCCUCAUGACGGGCCAGUCGGCAAACUUCUAGGGAAGCUCAAUCGUCAUCCCUACAGACCAAGUCACAUGCAUUUCAUGUUCGACAAAGCUGGAUUUGACCCGCUGAUCACCGCCCUCUAUCUGAAGAAUGAUCCGUAUGAAACGACGGACGCAGUCUUUGGCGUGAAACAGUCUCUCAUAGUUGAGGUUGGCAAAGUUGAGCGCGAGGAACAGGCUCGGAAGUACGGGGUGGAGGUUGGAACGUCUUUGAUGACCUAUGACUUCGUCUUGGUCGCUGACCAGGCCGCACGAGAGCUUAGACGCAGCAAGGCGGAGGAAGCCAUGGCAAGCCAGGGGCGCAAGGUACGCUUCAUUGAUGAUCUUCCUGUACCAGACGUGGAUUGA